GAGAAAGCAAGAGAAUAGAGAGAUUAAAACAGAGAAGGCAAUUGGGUCAUAUUCCGGCCAGCCAUCUGACCCACAUCACGACCAUAUAUCUGACCCACUUGAUCCAUCUGAUUAUUUCGUCAAUCUCAUCCAUCUAAUCAAGAUCAUCACUAGCAAUGUCGACUGAUUACAUCGAAGAGGACAUCACUAAGGUGGAUGAAGGCUUAUCCAAGAGCACGUCUGAUGUAGAUCACAGCGACUUUUGUUCGGCCAACAUGGUGAAUUUAACUCAGAAGGUGCUUGCAGAGAUCUUGGGAACUUUCUUUGUGGUGUUUGCUGGAUGUGGAGCAGUGGCUGUGAAUAAGAUAUAUGGGUCUGUUACAUUUCCAGGGAUCUGCAUUACGUGGGGUUUGAUCGUCAUGGUCAUGAUCUACUCCGUCGGUCAUAUAUCCGGUGCGCAUUUCAAUCCAGCGGUCACGAUCGCGUUUGCCAUUUUUAGACGGUUCCCUUAUCGCCAGGUGCCUAUUUAUAUUGUUGCUCAGUUAUUGGGUUCGAUACUCGCAAGUGGCACGUUGCGCUUGGCGUUAGACUCAAAGACGGAUCAUUUCUUCGGAACAGUUCCGGUGGGAUCCAACGCUCAAUCCCUGGUUCUUGAGAUCAUAAUCUCCUUCCUAUUGAUGUUUGUCAUUUCCGGUGUGUCGACGGAUAAUCGAGCGAUAGGAGAACUGGCAGGCCUUGCCGUGGGAUCGACGAUUUCGUUGAAUGUCUUCGUCACAGGGCCGGUCUCCGGAGCGUCGAUGAACCCAGCACGGAGCAUCGGGCCAGCGAUCAUCAUGAACAAUUACAAAGGCUUGUGGGUCUACAUCAUUGGGCCGAUUAUCGGCACCAUUGCCGGAGCCUUUGCCUACAAUCUGAUCAGGUUCACGGACAAACCACUCCGGGAGAUAACGAAAAGCACGUCCUUCCUCAAGAGCAUGUCUAGGGACAUUCCCUAGUAGGGUUCUCCCCAUAUUUCUUCUUUUUCACUUUAAUUGUGUACUGCUUACGAGCCAAAAGAAUGUAUAUACUAGGAUGUUUUACUUUUAUUAUU